GAGCGAGAAGCGAAUGGAGACUAGGCUGAGAGCCUUGUCCCUCCUCCAAGCCCAGCCGGCCGCCUCCGAUAGAGCGGUACAGCACCACUUCCGUCUGCCUUCCGGUGUCACGCGACCACCUCCCCCUCCCGCCCUUCCCUGUCUACCUCUGGGCCUGACUGGCCGGGUGAUGAGAUACUCUGGCGGCGGCGGUGGAAGGGGCGACGACUUCAGCAACUGCAAUCACAUCCACAACCGCGAUCAUGGCCGAGAAUCACGCCCAGAAUAAAGCCAAGCUCAUCUCUGAGACCCGGCGAAGAUUCGAAGCCGAGUAUGUGACAGAUAAGCCAGAAAAAUAUGAUCCACGUGAUGUUGAAAGGCUACAACAAGAUGAUAACUGGGUUGAAAGUUACUUACAUUGGAGACAUAAUGUUGUCGAUGAAACACUAAAGAUGCUUGAUGAGAGUUUUCAGUGGAGGAAAGAAUUUUCUGUCAAUGACCUUAAUGAAUCCUCCAUUCCCAGAUGGUUGUUAGAAAUUGGUGGUAUUUAUCUGCAUGGUUAUGACAAAGAAGGCAACAAAUUGUUCUGGAUCAGAGUGAAGUAUCAUAUAAAAGACCAGAAAACUAUUUUGGACAAAAAGAAGCUCAUAGCAUUCUGGUUGGAACGUUAUGCUAAGAGAGAAAAUGGGAAACCUAUAACAGUGAUGUUUGACCUGUCAGAAACUGGACUGAAUAGCAUAGACAUGGACUUUGUACGCUUUAUCAUCAACUGCUUUAAGGUUUAUUACCCUAAAUACCUCUCAAAAAUGGUGAUCUUUGAUAUGCCCUGGAUAAUGAAUGCUGCUUUCAAAAUUGUGAAGAGUUGGCUUGGCCCAGAAGCAGUGAGUUUAUUGAAGUUUACAAGUAAAAAUGAAGUCCAGGACUAUGUCAGUGUAGAAUACCUGCCUCCUCACAUGGGUGGAACUGAUCCUUUCAAGUACAGCUAUCCACCACUGGUAGAUGAUGACUUCCAGACACCAUUGUGUGAAAAUGGGCCCAUUGCCAGUGAGGAUGAAACUUCAAGUAAAGAAGAUAUAGAAAGUGAUGGUAAAGAAACCUUGGAAACAAUUUCUAAUGAAGAGCAGACUGCUCUUCUAAAAAAGACUAACCCAGCUGAAUCUACUCCCAAAACAGAAGAAAGUGAAAAAGUUGAUUCAAAGUUGAAAACUUUCAAGAAACCACUGAGUGUAUUUAAAGGUCCCUUAUUACACAUCAGCCCAGCAGAAGAACUCUAUUUUGGAAGUACAGAAUCUGGAGAGAAGAAAACUUUAAUAGUGUUGACGAAUGUAACUAAAAAUAUAGUGGCAUUUAAGGUGAGAACAACUGCUCCAGAAAAAUACAGAGUCAAGCCAAGCAAUAGCAGCUGUGAUCCUGGUGCAUCAGUGGAUAUAGUUGUUUCUCCCCAUGGGGGUUUAACAGUCUCUGCCCAAGACCGAUUUCUGAUAAUGGCUGCAGAAAUGGAGCAGCCAUCUGGCACAGGGCCAGCAGAAUUGACUCAAUUCUGGAAAGAAGUUCCCAGAAACAAAGUGAUGGAGCAUAGGUUAAGAUGCCAUACUGUUGAGAGCAAUAAACCAAACACUCUUACAUUAAAAGACAGUGCUCUUAACAUGUCAGAUAAAACCAGCGAAGAUAUAUAUCUACAACUCAAUCGUUUACUAGAAAGCAAUAGGAAGCUUGAAGACCAAGUUCAGCGCUGUAUCUGGUUCCAACAGCUGUUACUUGCCUUAACAAUGCUCUUGCUAGCUUUUGCUGUCUCUUUCUUUUAUUCAUUGUACAGUUAAAGUGGUGGUGCCUGAUCAAAAACAUGGCUUUUUCAUCUGUUAUUUGGAAAAAGUAACAGACCCCAAACUACUCGACCAAGCUACUAAAAGUAUUGCACAUCUCUGCUACCUAAAAGGAAAUAUACAGCACUUAAAGGGGUACAGCACUUACCUGUCUUGAAAACAAAUUGUUCGAAUAAAGAAAUGCUGGAGAAAUUAUUAGUGAGUAUAGCUAGUUAGGAAUGUAAGUAAAGGUAUAUGCAUUGUGUAAAUUAAUAGCUUAAAUGUAAUUUAUUUUUUCCUUUUGAUUCAAAUACUUUCGAAGCUUAAGUUUUAUCAUGUAAAUACAUUAGCUAAACUUAAAAGUAUAAGUAACAUGCUUUGUUGCAGCCAAAAAAUGUAAUCUGCUUUUUUAUGACAAAAUUAUUAUAGCUGAGCCGACUUACUAGCUUUUCUAUACUCUGUAUAUAAAAGAAUAUGUAUAUUGAAAAAGAAAACAUACUUAACAAAGUAAUUUAUGUAAUCAUGACUUUGUAAUUUUGAGAAGCACUUCCAGAUGAUAUUCUUUUGGAAUGUAAACCUAUUCAAUGCCAAACCACCUUUGCCUUUGUUUCUCAAUGUUCCUUAACAGCCUGCCUUUUAUUAAUCCUGGACUUUUUAAUGAACAAUUUCAUUUCAGUAGAAUUUGGAAAACUAAGUGUGGUUGGCUCUUUGAAUUCUGAUAGUAAUGCCCAGAAGGCAAGUCUCUCCAAUCAGUCCCCCUUUCCAGUCAUCUCAAUGCAACUUCGUGUUGUUGUUCAUUAUGGCUGGACAUUAAACUUUUCACCUAAUCUAUUAUGAAAGCCUGAUCCUCUAUUCUUCCAUCUUCGCCCUCAUUCCAGAGCAAAGGAGUCUCUGUGGACCACAAAUUGCACUGUCUUCACCCUCACUUCUAAAUGAAAGACAUUAGAUAACACUUUUUGAAAAGUUAGUUUUUCAAGAUGCUAAACAUUCUGAUGAAUUUGUAGUUCAAAAUAUUCCUUGUUAAAAUCAGCCAGUUUAAAAAAAAUUACAAAAGACUGGAGUAUCUAUAAGGGUGAACAGAAAAAAAAAUGUAGAAGUGUAAGUAUCGGCUCUCUUAAAGAGUAAAAAAUAUAACUCAUCAUGGACUGUAAAACCUUCAGACCAGGACUAAUUGACUGACUUGUUAUUCUGCCAUGGGUAUAGAAAUACCCACCCAAUGUGGUUCCUAAAUUCAUGAAGAGAUACACCUUGCAGAAGCAGAAGCUAAUGAAAUUAGUUUUCUUUCUCAUUAAUAUACCAGUUUUAGUACCUUUUGGUUCACAUGUGUACUUUAUAUGAAAGAAAAAUAGACUGCUUGUAAAAUAAAUUUGAAUUUUGAUUGAGCCAUGUUUGGAGAUUUAUUUUAUGAAAUGUAGUAUUGUUGGCUUUCAUCUUGAAGAAGUUGAAAAACUGAGAUUUGAUGAAUGAUAAAUAGAUUUCCUUCAAAAUUGGCAUAGGAAAUAAAACCUUAAAAGGACACUGGUGUGAUACUUUGUCUUAAUUUGAGCUUUUCUGUUUCAGUUUGCCACCUCCAGAUGUGAAAGGGACUGCAGCCCACCCUAAGUACUGUGCACAGUUCUCCCUGUGUAUGUGCACAAUGGCUUCCCCUUACAUGGUAUAUUUGGGCCUUAAUAUAAUUUCCAAAAUUAUUUGUGUAUGCUUUUCUGUUCCUUGGCAGAUUAAAUGAAACAAUUAGCCAAGUUUGGAAAUGUAUUGUCGUAA